AUGACCGAUGGUGAGUAGUUUUCGUUAUAUUUUAAUUGAAUUGCUUGAGUGUUUUUAGCGGAAAAUGAGAUCGAAUUGCAAGAUCAACAAUUCAAACAAAUUGAGAAUGAACAAAAGAUGUUUCCACUUGUUGCGGAUCGAUUGCCUUUCGAUUUGGUGAUAUUGGAUUAUGAUGCGGAAACAAGUCCCGAUUACUACAACAAGGCUAAAGAAUUGGCCAAUACUUAUGGCGAGAUUCGACAAAUUCGAGGCGAUGGAAACUGUUUCUAUCGAGCUGUUUUUGUGGGAAUUCUUGAAGUUUGCAUGAAAAACGAAGAAAAGGCGAAACAGUUUCUGGAAACUUGCCUUGGCUGGAAUGAUCGGCUUUUGAAAUUGGGAUUCCCAGAUUGGACGACCAACGACUUCUGUGAAGUGGUGUGUUUGUUGAAAAAUAUUUGAACCAAUUUCGACAAAGUUGUUGCGAAAUUUAGCAGAAAGAAUUUCUGAAUAUUUUCUCAAUAUUUUGACGGCGGAUUUCCCAAAAGGGCUUAUUUUAAACGGCGAAUUUCUGAACUAAUAAUAAAAAUGAAAUGGAAAUUAUCAUUUAUAAAUAGUCACGGCACAGUUCACGGAAAAAAUAACAUUAAAUUUAACACCUAUAACGUGUUUUAUAAUAUUUCAUUUUCAGUUCACCGAUUGGUUCAAAAAAGUGGUCAACAAAGAAACCACUUCCGAAAAAAUCUUUGAUGAUCUCAACGACGACAGUCAAUCAAACUAUCUUAUUAUUUUCAUGCGGUUAAUCACUUCUGGAUAUUUGAAAGAACAUUCCGAAGAUUAUGCUCCAUUCAUUGAUGAUGGCAGAAGUUUAGCUGAUUAUUGCUCAACAGAAAUCGAAGCAAUGUGGAAAGAUGCAGAUCAUUUAGGAAUAAGUGGUCUCGUUUUGGCAACCGGGUAUAAUAUUCGAAUUGAAUAUAUGGAUCGAACUGCUGCACCAAAUGGUGGAUGGCAUUAUGAUAUUCCAGCAGAUUGUAACGAAACACCAGAAAUUAGUCUUCUUUAUAGACCAGGACAUUAUGAUAUUAUUUAUCAUAAGUGAUUAUAUAAACCUUAUUUAUUUCUCAAAUGUCUUGAUUAUUUAAUACUGUGUUUACUAACCACAUCCAAUACUAAAUACUAAUAUGUUUUGAUGCUAAUAUCAGUUUUUCAGAAGAUUUUUUAGAAGUUAGUUAUGGGAUAUGUGAAAAUAUCGAAUUUAGAUGA